ACAGCGCCCCGGCGCAUGCGCGGCAGCGGACCGGUAGCAACAUGGCGGAGGAGGAGCCGAAGCGGCGGAUCCCGCUGGUGCCGGAGAACUUGCUGAAGAAGAGGAAGGCCUACCAGGCCAUCAAGGCCACUGAGGCCAAGCAGGCGCUCCUCAACAAGCGGAAGCAUCAGAAAGGGAAACAAAUCCAGUUUAAACGUCUUGAGGCUUUUGUUCGAGAUUCAUGGCGCAGACACCGAGAUGACGUCCGACUGAGGCGCAUGGAGCAGAGACCUAAACAGACCCCUGGACAGACCCCUGGACAGACACCUAGACAGACACCUGGACAGACACCUGGACAGACGGCUGCACCUCAGGAGCACAAACUAGCUUUUGUGGUGCGAAUUGUAGAUAUUAAGGGAGUGAGUAGGAGGGUAAAAAAAGUGAUAGAGUUGCUGCGGCUGAGAAAAAAUUUCACUGGAAUGUUUGUUAAACUGACUCCUUUAUCGAUGAAGAUGCUGCGGAUUGUGGAACCUUACGUGGCGUGGGGAUACCCUAACCUGAAAUCUGUACGAGAGCUCAUCCUGAAACGGGGCCAAGCCAAGAUUAAUAAAAAGAAGGUGCCUCUCACAGACAAUAUGCUGAUAGAGGAACAUUUAGGGAAGUGUGGUAUUAUUUGCCUGGAAGACCUUAUUCAUGAAAUCUACUCAGCUGGGAAAUAUUUCAAAAAAGUCACAAACUUUCUAUGGCCAUUCCAUUUGUCGGUUGCUCGCCAUGCUUCAAGGAACAAAGUGGGUUUCCUCAAGGAAAUGGGUAAGCCUGGCUGCAGAGGUGAAGCAAUCAACCAGCUAAUUCGUCAGCUGAACUAGUCAGAAUGAACCUUCAAGGUAGAAGAAACUAAUGAAGAAUGUGGGUCCCACAAGGUGUCAGCAGAUCUAUUGAAUACAUCCAUAAAGGCAACUUGUGUGAGAUUGAGUUAAUGUAGCUGUUGGGUUUUUUUCUGUUUUUCCUGUCGUGCAGGAUAUUUCUCAAAACUUCAGGGUAUAUAACCUAUUCUCAUGGACAUGAUGCAAUGAUAAAUCUCUUUGCUGUUGGUGCCUCUAAAAACCCAAAUUGUGAUGGAGAGGGACUUGGGGCUGCUCCUUCUUUAAGACAAAUGGUAUUUGCUACAAGAAAGAAGUGACUUGAACUUCGCUGAGCAAUCUGACUUCUGCCAUCUCUUUAACACAAGUUUUAUACUCAUUACUGCUAGCAUUGCACCAGUAACCUCCUGAUCUCAUCUUUGGUGUGAAGCAGUGGCUGUCAGUUUCUGAUAUAAAUUUGUUACAGGUGACUUGCAGUCCCUGUUUUUAUCCAGUCCUCCACAGGGAAAGUGUUUCAAGUUGUACUCCUUGAAGUGUAUUUCCUUUCUGUACAGUCUGCUGUUAUUGGAGUGUCAACUAAUAAUGUCUAAUAAUGAAUAGUGUAACAUUUCAUUGAAGUACACAGAAUGUAUUUAUUUUAAACAGCAAUGAUUUUGUGCUACUGCUUUACAAAAGGCCGCCUUUUCAAUUCUGCUGGAAAGAACUAUUUCCUAGUAGGAAAGCAAAGAAACUUUGUAAUACCAGCAUGGAGUAUAUAUAUGUAACAAAUGUUUUUAAAAUAAACUUUUGAUUUUUUCCUGU